CGUCACGUGAGGCUGACAGGAUAAGCUGGCUCGUCCAAGAUUUCGUCGUGGAAUGGCCUGCGAGUAUACACCCCCUACACGGGCGUCAGUUCGUAGGGGCAGUUUCGAUGUGUGGGGGCCGUUCUUUCAUGUUCUUUGUUCGAGAAGCCUGGGCUUCUACUCAAUGAUAUCUUAUCGUCGCUCCAGGAGAUAUAACUGGUGGUACUGUGUCGGCACUUGUUCGGCAUUAUGCCACGACUCCGUUGAAGUUGGAGAUCUGAUACAAUACAAGCGAAAGACAAGGCGAUGAAAAGGAUGACCGCUGGUAAGAAGCUAUCAGGCCACUGAGUGUCAACUUCAAGUCCCAGAUGCACCUAAACCGAGCCAAAAAAUAAUA